CGCUGAUUGGUAGACCGUUAUCGAUACUCCGCCUAGCGGAGCGGGUCCACUUCGGUCAUCGGAGAGCUCCAUUGAUCCAUGCGUCGCGCCGCAUUGUGAAUACGGUACAGACAUUCAAAGCGACCUACCAAGCACGACCCACACUCAACCGUCAAUACCCCCUCUCCCCGGAAAGGAAAUCUGUUCCUGUGCUACGAGAUCUACGGAACGCGAUUCAUCACCUAGCAAAAUGGGCAAGCGCAAAUCUUCUAGCAAGCCCAUGGGCCCCAAGAAGAAGGAGAAGCUUCCCACGACAUUCCAGUGCCUCUUUUGUAACCACGAGAAAUCCGUCUCGGUUUCCAUCGAGAAGAAGUCUGGUGUAGGCAACUUGCAAUGCAAGGUCUGCGGUCAGACUUUCCAGACGAACAUCAACUAUCUCUCCGCACCUGUUGAUGUCUACGCCGACUGGGUCGAUGCCUGCGAUGCUGUAGCUAAAGAGGCUGCUGCGGGUGCGUCAACGGAGCGAUCGUCGAACCGCGGAGCACGUGCUAGGCCAGCAGAGGACGACUUCAUCGAGCAGGACGAGCUGGAUGCCGAGGGCGAAUACGAAGCCGACUAG